GCGGGGAAGCAUACUGGCGGGCUGUGGGAGAAGUUGGAACGAUAUGGAUUUUGGCCGAAAUUUUGCAAAUCUUUUCAUCAAUUAAACAUUUAAUCUCAAUACAAUUUCUGUUCCCAAAACUAGAAUCUGUUAUGAACGGAACGGACUAAGUUUUGUAGCUUCACCAUUUGCAAAAGUUUGUAAAAAUCGAGUUGUUUAGGCGUUGCGUAAAGGAAAUAUGCAGAUGUUAACUAGAACGCGCCAAUAGGAUAUUUCUAGCGCGUGCUUGGCUCUGCUCCUUGCUUGUUUUGCCCACUCUGACUCAUUUGUUGUUAUUGGAAAUGACAAGUUCUGGUCUAUCUUGGUUUCCUUAAAAAUAUUUGGCUCCUGCAAUCAUUUUGAGACUGCAGCGCGGGUUGUAUGGUUGAUGUCCAGUUAUUUCCAACCCACAUUUUUUAACAAAGUCUCACUCUCUUCUUGAUCUUGUAUUAGGAUCUAGGACUAAAAAAAGCCUCUGGAAUCAUGAGUAAAGUGCAAGGUGGGAUGAAAUGCGUGAAAUAUCUCCUUUUCGUUUUCAACUUCAUAUUAUGGCUGUGUGGCUCAUUUGUGUUGGCAGUGGGAUUAUGGCUGAGGUUUGACCCAGAGACAGUCCAGCUCCUGACUGGAGAGGAAGCCCCCGAGACCUUCUUCAUAGCCGUGUACAUACUGAUUGGUGCAGGUGGGGGAAUGACGCUGGUGGGAUUCUUUGGUUGCUGUGGAGCUGUGAAGGAGUCACAGUGUCUCCUUGCGUCGUUCUUUGCCUGCCUUCUUGUAAUCGUUGGUGCAGAGGUUGCUGCAGGUGUGUUUGGAUUCAUGAGCAAAGACAAGAUCAUUGAAGAUGUUCAAAAGUUCUACAGUGAAUCUAUUUCAGAAGGUUCUGAAAAUGCCAACCGGACGGCAAUAGCAGCAAUUUACCACACUGUUCUGAAUUGUUGUGGGGACUCCGUGACUAACCCGUCUCAGUGUCUUCCUGGUGAUGAAGACCUAAAGAACUGUCUGAAUGCAAUAACGGACUUUUUCAAUGAAAAGCACUACAUUAUCGGAUAUGUGGGGAUUGGUGUUGCAGGUGUAAUGGUCAUUGGUAUGAUCUUCAGUAUGGUCCUCUGCUGUGCAAUUCGGAACAACAGGGAGGUGAUCUAGAAAGACCCAGUAGCUCCAGCCUUACCCCUCCCACCCUGCAGGCUUAAUACCGACUCACCAGCUCUUUAUAAUCACAAUGCCUGAACAAGGAGGGUACAUCACAUCUGGGAUGGAGGACAGGGGAGCCCUUUUUAACACAAACAUUCAAGUCCGGGGGUCAAUUUAGUGGUGCGGGUGUGAUAUCACACACUGAAAUGUUGACAGGGAUUUCCCUGUCCCCUGGACAGAGGCAGUUAGACCAGAACCCCUCUCCUCUGGCAUCUCCUCUGAAUAACUGGCCUCUUACUGCACUCCUCUCCAAGCACAACGUGGCUCAGCAUCGGGCACUACUCUGAGACAUCCCCCACGGUUCUCAUCCUCUAACACUGCCAUGUUCAUGUACCGUCUUCCUCUUUGACGCAGGAAUGUGAUGGCUGAGGAGCAUUGCUGUAUACAAACUCCUUUGUGUGCUGUUUUUAACCUUAUUUAUUCAAUGUCUUGUAACCUCAGUUCAAGGGUUAAUUUUGUGUACAGAGCUACUGUAGUCGUACGUUGUGUGCUUGUAAAGUUGUAUUUAGGUCAGUAAUCUUAACUUCAGUCAUUGAGUUUUACAUAACUGUUGUUGGGACUUGCACCUACUGCAUGCAUCAUACCUACUGUAUGCAUCAUUACUCACUAAAUGUCUCAAAUGUGUAUCUUUGUAUAGACAAGCCCAAGCAAUAUAUUCCUACCACAGCUGCA